AUGGCAUACAUCGGCAAGAAGCAGGAGAUUGACAGCAUUUUUAUUAUGACUGGUGAUUCUGGUAACGGACUGACUCAAUUUCUCCUCGGCAGUAAGCUCAUCGCGGAUGAGAUUGAGGGCAAGCCGAAUGACUGGGCGCAAUUGUACUUGUCGAAGCGACUCGGUUCAAUUUUCAAAUCAGUGCCAACCAUGAUCCCUCAUGAUUUUCUAGUCAAAACUCAAUACAAGCGUUUCCUGGAAUUUUACAUCACAGACAUUGGGGAUCUUAUUCCUGGAAGCGGUGGAAUCCUGAAUCCUGAAUCCUAA